AUGGAAGUAUCAAGAACGGUAACUCUAACUGACUUUAAACUGUCAAUUCAUCAUGAUAAUUUUGUAAAGCAAGAAUUUGAUUAUAUUUGUGGGUGUCAUGUGACGUAAUUUACAACAUUCACAUGAAAUCAUAUCUAAAAAUAAAAGAACAAUCAUGGCAGAAGAAAACUGUGUAUCGUCAGCUGAACUUAAAAAUGCCACCGGAGUAGUAUAUAUAGACUGUCAUUGUCACUUGGCAGACAAAGAUUUUGAUAAGGAUAUUGAGGAAGUUGUUACAGAAGCUAAAAAGACUGGUGUGAAAGCUGCACUAGUAUGUGCAACAAGUACUGGAGAAUUUGAGAAAGUCCUGACCCUAGCAGAUAGAUUUCCAGACUUUGUGUUGCCGUGUUUUGGAGUACAUCCUGUACAAGGAGCCCUGACAGGGGAUCAGAAAUGUGUUACACUGCAGGAUCUUGAGGAGGCAGUGCCAUUGAUUGAAAAAUACCAUGACAGACUAGGAGCUAUAGGAGAGUGUGGUCUGGACUUCCAGCCUCGUAUAACACAAACAGCAGAAGAUAAGGAUGUUCAGAGACAGGUUCUCUCUAAACAGGUGGAGCUGGCUAAUAAAUAUGACCUGCCAUUGAAUGUUCAUUCAAGAUCUGCUGGAAGGCCAACAAUCGCUUUACUCAAAGAACAAGGUGCAAAGAAAGUGUUAAUGCAUGCAUUUGAUGGUAAUCCUAAAUAUGCCAUGGAAGGUGUGAAAGAAGGAUAUUUUUUCUCUAUACCUCCAUCAAUCAUUCGUAGCGAACAGAAGCAGAAACUUGUGAAAGCAUUGCCAGUUGAAAGUCUCUUGCUGGAAACAGAUUCACCUGCCCUAGGACCACAAAAACAGGAAAGAAAUGUGCCCUCAAACAUUGCUGUAUCUUGUAACUAUAUUGCUGAGGUGAAGCAAAUGGAUCCUGGUCAGUUGAGCAGACUCUCCACUCAAAAUGCUUUGAAACUGUUUCCAAAAUUAGCCAGAUUUGUUGUAAAAUGAAAUAAAAGCUAAAAACUG